GUUAUAUUAUAGAUAUAUUAAUAUAUGUAAGAUAAAAAUAAGAAAUAAAGUGAUGUGAUGGAGAGGUAUAUAUAAUGGUGGGUGGUAUUAACGUUUUUUGCUCGAAAACAAUCGUUGCUCACUUACAGUCAGACAGUGCAAUUGCAAUAAUGGGUUCCUUCGCUUUUGUGUGGAUGAUGAUCUUCCUCAUCUCCUUCUCCAAUCUCCACUUUCCCACCUUUUCUCACUCCCCAAACAACCUCACCCUCUUCGGCGAUGCUUUCUUUAGCAACGCUUCCAUUGUUCUUACUCAAGAACUCAACUCUUGUUCUUCUUCUUCAUUGGCCUCUUUCAAUGGCGUUGGAGGAGCUCUCUACGCAGACCCAAUACGCUUCGUCGACUCUGAAACAAACGACACAGCGUCUUUUUCAUCGGUCUUCUCCUUCUCCAUUACGCCCUCUCCGUUCUGUUCCCCCGGCGACGGCAUAUCCUUCCUCAUAGCUCCCGACCAAGAUUCUUUCAGCUCAUUCAAAGGCCACAUCGGUCUUCCGAGGCCUUUUGUUGUUAAAGAUCCCUUCUUUGCUGUUGAGUACGACACAAGCUUCGAUCCACUGCUCGGAGACGUUAACGGAAACCACAUCGGAGUCGAUCUCAACAGUGUCGUUUCAGUCUCCUCCGUCGAUUUAACUCCGAAAGGUGUCAACUUGAAAAGUGGGAAAACCAUAAAGACUUGGAUUGAGUACAGAAACCCAAUCAAGAUGAUUCGUAUUUGGGUUGGCUACUCUGCUGUAAGGCCUACCAAUCCUGUUCUUGUCGCCAGACUCGAUCUUUCUCAGAUACUCAAGGAGUAUAUGUACGUGGGUUUCUCUAGUUCCAAUGGCCAAGGCUCUUCUCUCCAUGUGCUUGACAAAUGGCGUUUCAAGAUUUAUCACGGCUCAUUCACCAUUCCUUUGGAUAUUGUUGAAGAAGGAGAUUGCUUUGUUUGCUCUCCAGAUGAUGAACACUCUGCCACUGCCACUGCCACUCAUAAAUCGGAACAAGAAAAGUUUGUUCUUGGUGUUGGAUGCUUAGUUACUUUGGUAAUUUCAAUUAUAGCCAUUGUUCUUGUGGUAAUUUUCAAAAAGAUUCAGGAAAGAAAGAUUGUUGUUAUUAACAACAAUACUUUUGGUGCUAAUCCACGGAUUCAAACCAGAUCAUCAGUGAACACUAAUUUUGCUGCUGAGAGGAUUCAAGCCAACAGAGUCCCAACAAGAUUGUCACUAGCAGAGAUCAAAUCAGCCACCAUGUGUUUUGCUCCAAACCGAAUAGUUGGGGAAGGAGCCUCUGCAACUGUCUACAAAGGGUGUCUUCCUCAUGGUCCUCAAGUUGCUGUGAAAAGGUUUCAACGUGUGAGUGGGAUUGGCAGUUGGCGCAAUCCUUUCACCACUGAGUUUGCAACAAUGGUUGGUUGCUUAAAGCACAAGAAUUUAAUCCAACUCCAGGGAUGGUGCUGUGAAGGAUCUGAAUUAGUGCUUGUGUACGAGUACAUGCCAAAUGGAAGCCUUGACAAAAUCCUCCACAACAAAACAAGGUCAGCCAUUGUCCUUACAUGGACUCAGAGACAGAAAAUAGCUAUUGGGGUAGCUUCAGCUCUUACUUAUCUGCACCAAGAUUGUGAGAGACAGAUCAUCCACAGAGAUGUAAAGUCAUGUAACAUAAUGCUGGAUGAAAAUUUCAAUGCCAAACUUGGGGAUUUCGGUUUGGCACAAGUGUACGAACACAGUCCUGGUGGUGGGGGUGGUGAUCAUGAGUCGAGAAAUGCCACCAUACCAGCAGGAACACUGGGAUAUCUAGCUCCGGAGUACGUGUACACAGGUGUGCCUAGCUCGAAAACCGAUGCGUACAGCUUUGGAGUGGUUGUUUUGGAAUUGGUAACAGGGAAGAGGGCAGUGGAUGAAGAUGGUAAGUCUGUAGUUGAUUGGGUGUGGGAGCUGUGGGGGAAGGGAAUGAUAGUUGAUGCUGCUGAUGUGAGGCUUAGGGGGAAAGUUAAGAAUGAGGAGUUGAUGCGGAUGUUGGUUGUGGGACUUGCUUGUGUCCAUCCCAAUCAUGUCAAAAGGCUAAGUGUGAAACAAGCUGCAAGGGUUCUCAAAGGUGAAGCCUCACUCCCUCUUCUCCCACCAUGCAAACCAAGGUUUAAGCUUCGACCUGUUAAUGCUGUUCCCUCUGAAUCAUCAUCUGCUGCAUCUCAGAUCUCUAAGACCACCUCUAACACUGAUCCAUUUCUUACUCCCAUGAGUAAUUUUGGAUAGAUACUGUUUCAACAAAAGUAUGAAAGUGUUCUAGUGAGAGUGUAAAGUGAAAAAAGUCACAUGUAGUAUCUAAAUUAGUGACUUUUUAUUUUAGUUUUUACCAUAUUUUAAUACUCUUAAAAACAGUAGCUUUUGAGCUACUAAUUAAGUUGUAAUUAAACAGUAUUUUUUACCAUAGUUGUGUUUAAGUUGCAUUGUUAUUAUUAAUAUAUAAAUACGCAAUUUAAAAGUAA